AUGCAUCUGAAAGUGCCUGUAGUCUGGGACAGAGCAGGCAAGGAACCAGAGCCACAGGGGCCGGAGGCGCAUUUUCCACAGGGCCUGUGGCCAGUAGUGGCUAUGGGGCCCUGCCCCGAAGAGCAGUACUGGGACAACUUGCUAAGCAGCUGCAUCUCCUGCAAGUCAGCCUGCAGCAAUCGGAGCCAGCACACCUGUGCAGCCUUCUGCAAGUCCCUCAGCUGCCGCAAGGAGCAAGGCAAGUAUUAUGACCAUCUCCUGAGAGACUGCAUCAGCUGCAUCUCCAUCUGCGGGCAGCACCCCAAGCAGUGUGCACAUUUCUGUGAGAACAAGCUACGAAACCAAGGGAACCUCCCUCCAGAGGUCUGGAGACAGCAGGCUGGGGAGGUGGACACCAGGUCUGAUAACUUGGGACGGUCCCAGGGAUCGGAGCACAGAGGCUCGGAGACAGGUCCAGCACCUCUAGGACCAAAGCUGAGCAAUGACCAGCUGGCUCUGGUCUACUGCACACUGGGGCUCUGUCUCUGUGCCAUCAUCUGCUGCUUCCUGGUGGUGGUGGCCUGUUUCCUCAAGAGGAGGGGUGAUGUACUCUCCAGCCAGCCCCCGACAGAGCUGGGCAGAGCCCAAGACAAGUCCUCCCACAACCCCGUGACGAAAACUGGCGGCGCUCUAGGCGCGUCGCCCGAACCGGUGGAGACGUGCAGCUUCUGCUUCCCCGAGCGCAGAGCGCCCACCCAGGAGAGCGCGGGUGCGCCCGGGACUCCAGGCCCUGCCACAGGCCAGGGCAUGUGGGGGCGCUGCGCUCCGACCGCAGUCCAGCAGCCCCGUGCGCGCGCGCCCAGCAGCGGCCUCAGUGUGGUGUGCGCGCCUGCCCAGGAUGGAGGCUCGGGAGCAUGAAGCUGGGGAGUGGGGGAGAUCGACGGGGCGGGAUGGGGGAGACGGGGAGAAGCCAACGGAAGGAGGAUGAAAGAGGGAGGAAAGAGCGGAGACAGAGGGGUGCCACGUGGGAAGGCAGACGCCCUUGGUCUCCUGGCCCAGUGCAAACCGUAGGUCGAUAUCACCUACACACACACAAGCCAAAGAGUUGUACGUGCCCGCUGGUCACAGCUCCAGGAGCCCGUGUCCGAAUAAACGUCUCGGCUGCCCUCA